AUGGAAAAGCCGUGGCGAAAUACUCAGGAUGAAGACGGAGGCGGUGACUCGACCAGACCUCGGCGGUCACGACUGAGGCUCAAAUCAGACCAGUCUCGCCGUCGCCGGUCCAGAAGCGGACGCAGAAACAGUGAGAGACAUGAUGGACGUGAAAUACACGAGGACCACGACGGCGAUGGCGAGCCGCAGUCUUCAAGACCAAGCAGGCACCACCACCACCGACGAAACCGACGGCGACAUCGACGGCGCUCGCCAACGCCGCCGAAUCCAUUCGAACCUUCGCCACUCGACCCGGAGGCUGCAUUUCGAGAAUCUCUGUUUGAUGCAAUGGCUGACGAUGAAGGGGCUGCGUACUGGGAAUCCGUCUACGGCCAGCCCAUCCACGUGUACCCCAAUGAAAGAAGCGGCCCGACCGGGGAGCUGGAGCAAAUGACGGACGACGAGUAUGCGGCGUACGUGCGACAAAAGAUGUGGGAAAAGACACAUGCGGGGCUGCUCGAGGAGAGGGCAAAGCGCGAAGACCGGCGAAGACAGAGGCAGGACGAAGAGCGCACAGCCCGAAAGCUGCGCCAAGACAUGGAGCAAAGCCUGCGGCGUGGAGAAGAACGGCGGCAGCGACGCCGGUGGGCCGAGCAGUGGGAGAAAUACACCAAUGCAUGGGCAUCGUGGGACGGUACGCUGGAUACGUUGGCCUGGCCUGUCGACGGCGGACAACGCAAGGACUUGGGCGACAAAGAUGUGCGGUCGUUUCUGGUCCGCGGACUGGGUCUCGACGACAUUGGGGAGCAGGCGUUCAGGGCCAAGCUCAAGGAGGAGCGAGUCCGCUGGCACCCGGAUAAAGUGCAGCAAAAGCUGCGCGAAAAGGUGGACGGCGACGUCAUCAGGGAUGUGACGGCUGUAUUUCAGACUAUCGACAAGCUGUGGGCGGAGUUGCAGCCCAAGGCAUAG